AUGCCCAAUCACGCCCUUGACACCAACCCUCCCUCUGGAUCAGUCCAGCACAUCACCGUCCGUGGGUCUGACUGGCUCUGGGCGGUCUUCGCAAUUAUGAUGGUCACAGAUAUCGUCGUCUUCUUCUGGCAAUUCUCCCUCCCACGGGGCCAACGAGUGUUCCAUCAACUGUCCUUGUUCAUUCUCUCCACUGCUGCUAUCGCAUACUUCUCCAUGGCUUCGGAUCUUGGUUAUGCCUCUGUUCUUACCGAGUUUGGUCACAUGGGAUACUCCGCGAACACAACCAGGCAGAUCUGGGUGAUGACGGGGUUGGUCGGUGCAUUGGUUGCUACUAGCUACAAAUGGGGUUUUUACACUUUCGGAUGUGCCGCCUUGUUCUAUAUCUGGUGGGUUCUCGCUGGGCCAGCUCGAGCAAGUGCCGGCGCACUCGGAGCGGACUACAAGAGCGCGUUCACCUCCUCCGCUGCCAUCCUAUCGUUCCUCUGGUUACUAUACCCGGUGGCUUGGGGUCUCGCCGACGGGGGUAAUGUUAUCACCCCAGACUCAGAGAUGAUUUUCUACGGUAUCCUGGACGUCCUUGCCAAGCCUGUCUUCACUAUCUACCACCUUUACAGGCUCUCAAAGCUCGACCUCAGCUUGCUUCAACUCUCUUCCGGCAAAUUCUCUAGCUCUGGCGGGGUGUUUGACCGGGAGAAGCAUGCCGCUGCUGGGGCACCUGCAAUGGUCGGAGUCCCUGGCGCCUCGACCACUGGUACGGCGAAGGGAGGCUUCUUCAGUCGACGGGGUCAAAGAAAUGCGGUAGCCGAGCCUCGAGCCUCCGAAGCUACUGCGGUGAACCCUUGA